UUCAAUUAAAUGUCUAAUUAAAAAAAGAAAAAAACAAAAAAAAAAAAGAUGAACAAACAAACCAAAACACAAAAAUUAAUCCAUUUAAUCAAAGUUACAUUCUCAUUAUAUUUUUCAUUUUUAAUAAUAAUUAAUCAAAUCCCAUUCCCGAAUCCCCUUUUUCUAUCGUAGAUUCAUCCCUUAAUCCUUAGUCUUAAAAAAAAAAAAACACGUUUUUCUUUCUUUUCUUUUGUUAGCGUUAUUAUUUUAAUUAAACCCAGAAGAAAAACCAUGGAAAAAGGGCAUUUAAUCUGUUAGGUAUAUAUGGAUUACCCCUUUUUGAGCUAGGGUUUUUAUUUUUUUCCCUACAAGUUUGAGAAAUAUCUGUGAAUUUUUUCUUUUUUCUUUUUUUUUUUCCCUAUUCUGGUUGGUUGUUUCAAUGAAAUCUAAUUCCAUUCUUCUACUUCCAUAAUUUUUUUCUUCCAGAUUUACCCUUUUUCCACUGGUUUGAAAUGGUUGCAAAGAAAAUUCUCUAAUUCCUUUUUGUUUUUUUGAAUUAUUAUUCUCCGAAAUUUUGAUGGAUUCUUGGAUUCGAUUGUUUAGGGCAUACCCUUGAAAGGGCUUUUUGAUGGGUUGGUAAAAGUGUGCCACGAUCAUGCUCGUUUUUACCAAUUUUCCAGCUUCAUUUGGCAACCCAAAAUUAAGAAAAGUUUAUUGUAUGGCAUUUGGAGUUAAUUUAUCUGGAUGAUGUGGUGGUACUGGAUACGGUUUUUCUUACAUAUGACAUAGUUGCUCUAAUUUCAAGUGAUGGGGACAGAGCUUUUAAGGGUCUGCGUUGAAGAAGAUAGUGAUGACUUUCCAUCGGUUCCACCAGGUUUUGAGUCAUAUAUAUCCUUUACUCUAGGGAAGGUGCACAAUCAUGAAAAACAAGGCAGUAAUGUCCCUGUUAGUUUGCCAACUGUCUCUGAAUCACAACCAGUUAAAGUGGGAAGUGAGGUAGAAGUUGCUAAUGUUGCAAAAGUUACAAGGUCCCUCCGGCGUAAACCAUGUGUGAACUAUAGACAAUAUGAUUACUGCUCUGAUGACGAGAUCAAUAGUACUAAGUGUCUAGAUCAGAAUUUUUCUUCAAGGCCUUCUCUUUCGAAGGGAGUCAUUCGUGGGUGUCCACAAUGUAAUAAUUGCCAAAAGGUUGUUGCCAGAUGGCGUCCUGAAGAAUCCUGCCGGCCGAACCUCGAGGAUGCACCUGUGUUUUACCCAACCGAAGAGGAAUUUGGAGAUACUUUGACAUAUAUAGCGAGCAUAAGAGCAAAAGCAGAACCAUAUGGGAUUUGUCGUAUUGUCCCACCAUCUUCUUGGAAACCUCCAUGUCCCCUGAAGCAGAAACAUAUUUGGGAGGGUUCUAAAUUUGCAACUCGUGUCCAAAGGAUUGAUAAGCUUCAAAAUCGAGAUUCAAUAAGAAAGAACCCUAGGGUUUGCAGUCAGAUGAGAAGGAAAAGGAGGAGGGUUAAUAAUAGAAAGGGGGCUGAUGUUACCACAUUAAAUGGAAAAAAUGGGGAUGCUGGCUUUGUUGAGGCCGAAAGAUUUGGAUUUGAUCCUGGUCCAGAUUUUACCUUAGCAUUGUUUAAAGAAUAUGCAGAUGACUUUAAGACUCAGUAUUUUAGUAAACCACUAAACGAUACUGCAAAGGAACGUAGCCCAUCCAUGCUGCAAGAGAACGAACAUUUGAAACUGUCUUUGGAAGCUAUUGAGGGUGAGUAUUGGCGGAUGGUAGAGAAGCCAACUGAAGAGAUUGAGGUUCUCUAUGGGGCUGAUUUGGAAACUGGAGAGUUUGGCAGCGGUUUUCCAAAGAUUUGCUGUCAAGAGGGCUCUACAUUAGAUGAAGAGAAGUAUGUAAAAUCUGGCUGGAACCUGAAUAACUUUCCGAAGCUUCCUGGAUCGGUCCUUAGCUAUGAGAGCAGUAAUAUAUCUGGAGUCUUGGUACCAUGGCUAUACAUCGGGAUGUGUUUUUCGUCUUUUUGCUGGCACGUUGAAGAUCACCACCUCUACUCUCUGAACUACAUGCACUGGGGGGAUCCCAAAGUCUGGUAUGGUGUUCCAGGAAAUGGUGCCGGGAAAUUAGAAGAGGCUAUGAGAAAGCAUUUGCCUAACCUCUUUCAAGAACAACCCGAUUUACUCCAUAAACUGGUCACACAACUUUCUCCGUCCAUAUUGAAAAUUGAGGGUGUACCUGUAUAUAGGUGUAUUCAGAAUCCUGGAGAGUUUGUUUUGACCUUCCCUCGUGCAUACCAUUCAGGAUUCAAUAGUGGUUUCAAUUGUGCAGAGGCAGUUAAUGUAGCUCCAGUUGAUUGGUUGCCCCAUGGUCAAAUUGCUGUAGAAUUAUAUCGGGAACAGGGACGAAGAACUACUAUUUCCCAUGAUAAGCUAUUGCUUGGUGCUGCUCGAGAAGCUGUGAGAGCACACUGGGAACUUAAUUUACUGAAAAAAAAUACUUUGGAUAACUUAAGAUGGAAUAAUGUUUGCGGAAAAGAUGGAAUCUUAGCAAGAGCAUUCAAGGCUCGUGUUGAGAUGGAGAGUGCAAGGAGGAACCUUCCUUGCAGUUCUUCCCAGACGAUGAAGAUGGAGAGCAAUUUUGAUGCCUCUAAUGAGAGAGAAUGCAGUUCAUGCCUCUUUGACUUGCAUCUGUCUGCAGUCGGGUGCCGUUGUUCACCAGAUAAAUAUGUGUGCUUGAAUCAUGCCAAGCAGUUGUGUUCUUGUGCUUGGGAAGAGAGAAUUUUUCUCUUUCGCUAUGACAUCAGUGAAUUGAACAUACUUCUUGAAGCAUUGGAGGGAAAAUUAAGUGCAGUAUACAGGUGGGCUAGACAGGAUCUUGGCCUGGCGCUCAGUACAUCCAGGGAGUUGAGUUCUCAAUCAUCAACCAAGUCCCAUGGGAAUCCUCAAUGGAAAGAAUUCUUAAGGCAAUCUUCAUUAUUACCAUCUCUAACUGCUUUUGACAGCCCUUCUCAUAAUGCCAAAAAGUUAUGUGAAGUUACUGGUUCUUUUUCAGAAGUUAAGAAGGUACUUUCCACAGUUAACGAAUCUGGAAAGGAAAUUGAGCAGAAAAAUCAUAAAAUUGAGGUGAAAAAAGAAAAUCAUGACCUCAUGGCAACCAAUUCUAGACAUGCAGAUUCACAGUCCUGUAAGGAAGAUACAAAGGCUCUGAAUUUGGUAGAAGUGAAAAAUACAACGGAUAAAAUGUGUCCUGAAAAUGUCAUACUUUUAAGUGAUGAUGAAGGUGAUGAGCAUAACAAGACGAUUUCGAAUGGUUUAGCUGAAAGUUCAUCAGUAAAGCCGCCGGGAAAUUUAGAUCGGUUCACUGAGAUUGAUUCUAAGGCUAGCCUGUGCAACUACAAUGAAAAUACCAUUUUGCACACUCCUGCGACUGAUGCAACGACCAUGGGAGAAAAGGAGGUCAACUUGUUGAUUGAAAAAAGAUUGAAUAAUUGCCAAUCGAGCAUUGUACCUUUAAAUAGUAAACAGACUCAAAACAUUAACUUGUCAGUUAGAAAUGCAGCUGAUGCCAUUCGGAACAAUACCUGCUUAGAUGCAGGAUUAGGUCAUAGCAAUAGAGUAUUUCCAGCGUCAACAGAAGCUGAAUCUCAAAAACCACAGUCAUGUGGCUCUGGAAAACUGAAUGAGGGUAAGCAUGGAAAUGUGGGAACAAGUGCUACCUCUUGUGUGUUAGACCCUAGUAGAACUGCAAACUUAUCUUGCAACCAAGCUAAUAUGGAUAGAUUCAAGAGGCAAAAGGGUCCUCGAAUGGCAAAGGUAGUUCGGAGGAUUAACUGCAAUGUUGAGCUUUUAGAAUAUGGAAUCGUGCUCUCAGGAAAGUCUUGGUCAAACAGUCAGGCCAUUUUUCCAAAAGGAUUUAAGAGCAGGGUCAAGUUUAUAAGUGUUUUAGAUCCGUCAACUUCGUGUUACUAUGUUUCUGAAAUUCUUGAUGCUGGACGGGAUGGGCCUCUUUUCAUGGUUGUUUUGGAGCAUUGUCCAAGUGAGGUAUUCGUUCAUGUUUCUGCUACCAGAUGUUGGGAGUUGGUUAGAGAACGAGUCAAUCAGGAAAUCACGAAGCAACAUAAGUUGGGUAGAACAAACCUUCCUCCUCUACAGCCUCCUGGGAGCUUAGAUGGGUUAGAAAUGUUCGGAUUUACUACACCGGCAAUUGUGCAGGCCAUUGAGGCAAUGGAUCGAAAUCGAGUAUGUGGUGAGUAUUGGGACUCUCGUCCCUAUUCUCGGCCUCAAGUACAUAGUCCCCAACUGUCUCAAUCAACAGAAAUUAGUCGUAACAUGCAAACAAACGGAAGGAACCACGGGGUUGAUCCUAGGCCAGCUGGAGUUGAUAUAGUACUUAGGGGAUUGUUGAAGAAGGCAAACCUAGAAGAACUAAACUCACUCUACACUCUUUUAAAUGAUAAUAGGCCAACAGUUGAUCAAGGCAUGUUAGCUCGACUUCUUGACGAAGAGAUUCAAAGUCAUCGAAGAUGAUUCAUUGCUCAGUGUUUUGAUUUGACUCAACUUAGGGCGGCAUUAAUCGACUUCUGUAAAUACAGAGUUGUUGGUAUCAGUAUCAGGCCCCUUUUUUUUUGUACAUGUUUCUUUUAGCCUGGUGAUUCUAACUUUUGGAGGAAAAGGAGGGGAAGUGGGCAUUCCUCCAAAUUAAAAUUUUAUUAGGUUCUUACAGUGGGAAAAUUUAUUGGGGGUGGAUACAGAUGUUAAUGUGACUUAGUGUUCACUGUCUGUUUUGGAUUAGAGUGUAAGGUAAUACCAAAUACACAUACAUUCUCUCAAACUUACUCUUGGAAUUAUUUAAAGGUUUAGUGUAGAAAAGAGAAUCUUUUGUUUCAAAUUCAA